AAACAAACAUAGACGGCGCUGCAUUAUUCAUUUCCGGGUUCGAGUUGUAAAUAUUUGGAAAUGUUAAUUUCUCAUAUUUUGUAAUUACUCGGAUUAUAAAGCAAAUUAAAUAUGUCUUCAAGGCAUCUUCCAAGGGUGAUUGGUGGACAGCGUGGUAAAUCAACCCUCGAAGUGGAGAGAGAGCAUUUUGAGAAAAAUCAGACUGUUGCCAUUAAUAAAGCCAUAAAUACACAAGAGACUCCAGUAAAAGAGAAACAUCUGAGAAAUACAAUAUUAGGUACAUUCACUGACCAUGGAGGAGGGUUAUUCUGGCAUGUUACCACAAAGCAGAUGCAGUUACAGGCCAACCCAAUACUGUGUUGGAAGUUUUGUCAUGUACUACACAAAUUAUUGAGAGAGGGCCAUGAAAACGUGUUUAUAGAUUCACAAAAAUACAGAACUUUCUUGGAAGAGCUAGGCAAAUUAUGGGGACACUUGCGGGACGGAUAUGGAAGAUUGAUUGCUGCUUACACAGUAUUGCUGAACCAAAAGUUAGUCUUCCACAAAAAAUAUCCUAACAUACCAGGAAAUUUGUUGAUGACUGAUGAUGUAUUUGCUAGAAUCUGUGGGUCUGAUGUCAAUGGCUAUUUUGAGAUCAGUGUAGAUAUGCUGGACUAUAUGGAUGAAGUAUUGAAUCUUCAGAAACAAGUGUUUGGUUCACUUGACAGAGCGAGAGCUAACUCGAUGACAAAUUCUGGCCAGUGCAGGCUCGCACCUCUUAUUUUAUGUAUUCAAGACUCGUGUCAACUGUAUGACUAUAUCGUCAAAAUUUUAUUCAAAUUACAUUCUAGUCUCCCCCCUGAUACUCUGUCUGGACACAGAGAUCGUUUCUUAGCCCAAUAUAAAAAAUUGAAGGAAUUUUACUUUCAAAGCAGUAAUCUUCAGUAUUUUAAAAAUCUAGUCACAGUACCUUUAUUACCAGAUGAUCCGCCUAAUUUCCUGAUCCAGUCAGACUUUAAUAAACACGUGAAGCCAGUAGCUGUUGUAGAAGAACCGGAACCCGAACCGGAGCGAGAGUCAAUAACACCAGAACCUGAAAUUGUUACCGACCUCAUUGAUACAUCCGAGGAUAGAUUUGAUGCAACAUUUGGAAGUCGGCAGGAAAGUUUUAAUUUUAAUGGUGGACCACCAGAAGUUGAUGAAAGAGAUUUACUAAUUGAGAGAUUAACAAAAGAAAUCCAACAAUUGAGGGCGGAGUUAGAGAGGGUGAAAUCAGAGGACCAAAGAAUCAUAUCAUCAUUACGGGACGAUAUCUCAAAGUUGGAGAAAAUAUUGUCAGAGCUGCGCUUAUCUGCGGACAAAGCUCUACAGGACAAUGAAAACUUGAAGGCGGAGCUAAGCAAAGCCAAAGUUCAUAUGGGUGCAGCUGCCAAACUCACUGAGGCUGAAAAACAUACCAAAGCCAGUGAAGAAAAGUUUAAGAAGAUGAAGGAUGUGUAUCAGAAGCUAAGAGAUGAACACGUAACACUUCUUAGACAGCAUGGGGAUUUGAAUAAACAAAAUGCAGCUGAUAAGAAAGCAUUGGAGGAAAAAGAACAAGUAAUAAAGGACAACGAGGCCAAUAUGGUACGCAUGGAGGAUGAGAGGAAAGUUAUACAGGAAAGUUUACAGAACUCUGCUGAUGAGGUCACUCAGCAGUUAGCCCAAACUACUGCUAAAAAUACAGAUCUUGAAAAAGUGAAGCAGGAGCUCGAGACUCAGCUGAAGUCAGUACAGAAUAGUGAGGAAACCUUACAGAAAGAGCUUCAAUCUGAGCAGUCCAGAGUUCAAAACCUUGAAUCACAAGUGGAACAACUAUCAGAAGAGAAGGCGGGGCAAGAGGAAAAAUUAACCAAUCAGAUUGAAGGAUUACAGAGUAAUCUUGAUUCAUUAAAGGGAGAGAAAGAAAACAUGGAGAAGGAUCUGCAGGCACAGAUUGCAACAUUGAAGACAACGUUAGCCGCAACAGAACAAAGUAAAGCACAAACUGAACAAGAUUUGAGUAAGCAGCUUGAAGAAUUAGAACAAAAACUAGAAACUUUGAUGGAAGAAAAACAGUCAACAGAAACAAGACUGACACAAAUCUUGGAUGAUUUACAUAGAAAAAUGCUGAGUAGCAGUAUAGCUGAGGGCCGUGCUUUUAUACAGGAUGCAUUAGACCAGUUUCACAAUCAGACAUUCACCACAGCACGAUGUACAGCAGAAUUCCUUUUACUUAGAGCAGAGCCUGUGAUAAAAAGUUUAGAAAAAUUGGAAUCUGCAAACACUGUUUAUUCUGCAGAUAAGAAAGACUUAGAGAAUUUAGUGGAAUGUAUAACAGGAUUUUCCCAUCACCUAGGCGACUGUGUAAUACAUGGUAUAGCAACAUCACAGUCUACUGCGGAGAUAGAAUCGGGCCAACAUUUAGCCAAUCAUUGUAGGUCUGCUGGGGAAAGUGGUCUAACACUUCUUGCUGCUGUUGAGAAAGGUGGAAACAUAUCAUCGGAGGUGUCGGCCACUGUGAAUCAUAUCAAACAGUUGAUGAGCCUGACAGAAGAGCUGGUGCCUAAAUCAGACGAUGUUAAAACAGAGGAGAUAGGAGACAUGGUUGAUAGUGAGAUGCAACUGACAAGUAAAGCCAUCGAACAAGCCGCUGCUAAGAUACAGACUUGUAUAGAAAUGUUCCAGACAGCCCUCGAAAUGUUGCAAAAAACAAGGGAAGGAGAUUCAGGGGUUCAGCUUGAAGUGAACGAACGUAUUCUUGAUGCUUGCACUGACCUUAUGAAGUGUAUAAAGAUCCUGGUAGAGAAAUCUAGAGAUCUUCAACAAGAGAUUGUUGCCCAAGGAAGGGGAACAUCAACGGCCAAAGAUUUUUACAAGAAGAAUCACCGCUGGACGGAAGGUUUUAUAUCAGCAGCAAAGGCUGUUGGCUGGGGAGCUACCACACUUAUGGAAGCAGCUGAUAAGGUAGUUAAGGGAGAAGGUAAACUCGAGCAGCUGAUUGUAUGUUCACAAGAGAUCGCAGCCUCCACGGCACAGCUUGUCGUCUCAUCACGUGUGAAGGCAAAAAGGGGAAGUAAUGCAUUACAGAAUGUUCAAGAUGCAUCAAAGGGUGUUUCCAGGGCAACAGGAAAUGUGGUGGCUACAGUUAAAACUGGAGCACAGAUUAUUGAAGAGAAGAGUCUGAUGGAUUUCACACAUUUAUCACUGAUACAGACCAAGAAACAAGAAAUGGAUUCUCAGGUGAGAGUGCUGGAGCUUGAACGUGAGUUAGAGAUAGAGAGACAGAGGUUGUCAGUGCUGAGGAAACAACAUUACACCCUAGCCGCAGAGACCGAGGGAGAUCAGAGCUAGUUUACGACUGGAAAUUUUAAUCAACUACUUAACAAUUUGGACAAAAAGUGUUCAAUCUCUCAAAUAUUGUGAGAAUUUACCUAUCUGUCAACAAGAUGUCCUGUCAACAAAGAUGGUCUUUUACAACAAGAUGUCCUGUCAACAAAGAUGGUCUUUUACAACAAGAUGUCCUGUCAACAAAGUGGUCUUUUAAAACAAAAAAUCAUGUCACAAAGACAACCUUCAAACAAGAUAGUCUUCUAUAAUAAGAUUUUUCUAUCAGAAAGAUAUCCUGUCAAAAAGAUGUCAACUAAGACAAUUUUCUGUCAACAAGAGGAAGUAACUCUGUCAGUAUUAACUUUAUAUCUGAAAUCCAGAAACAACUUUUGUUAUCUUCGGAACAAAAUUGUGCCUUGUUAUAGCCAUGCUGCAGUAACGAUAGAUAUUUGAGAUAUUUGUCUUGUGGUGUUUUGGGAUGUAGGAAUGUAGGGUGUUUUUUUAAACCUUAAUAAAAGACAUUGAAACAGGAAGUAAAAAUUGUUUAAUUUGACAAAUUUUUUACCAGAAAGACCAAGUAUUUGGUCACUGAGAUGUUGGUUAAUUGUUUAUUCAUAAAUGCCAUUGAUGUAUAUAAUGUAAAUAUGACUCUUUCUUUAUGUCAUUUUUUUUUUCUGUGAAAAUGUUCUUAAUGACCACGACUUAAAUUUUGAUUGCCUACCGACAUUUUCAUUUUAUGCCUUUGCUGGGCAGCCUGAAAGGUUCCCAUUUCACUAUUUUAUUUAAGCAUUAUCUUAUUAUUCUAAUUUUGUCAUACUGCGGUAAACUGUUUCAAUAUUGAGGUUUAUAUUUGGUUUAUUGAGGUAAACCAUGUCAAUGGAGAUUUGUAUUUGGUAUACUGAGGUAAACCAUGUCAAUGGAGAUUUGUAUUUGGUAUACUGAGGUAAACCAUGUCAAUGGAGAUUUGUAUUUGGUAUACUGAGGUAAACCAUGUCAAAGGAGAUUUGUAUUUGGUAUAUUGAGGUAAACCAUGUCAGUUGAGAGAUUGGUAAUUUGGUAUACUGAGGUAAAUAAUGUAAAAUAGAGGUUGGUAUCUUGUAUACUGAAGUAAACCAAGUCAGUUUAGUGGUUGCUAUUUGUACAUAUUAUGUAGUGCAGAUAUUUCACCAUAUUUAAGUACUAUUAAGCCCUUUAUGUUUAUAUAUUUGAUCAAUUUUCAUUAAGGUAUCAGUCAUGUUUACAGAUAGUGCUGUUCAUUUUUAUCACAUUAUCAUUUGAUAUUACUGUAAAUAGUUUUGUUUUAAAAGUCAUUAAUGUUUUUAUGUACUAUAUGCAUUAUUUUUUUCUAUCUGAUUCAAACCAAAAUUAGUUUCGUUUUUUGCUUAAGAAGGAAGAGUAUUUGUUAGACUGUUUAUGAAGACCUGUACGAUGCCUAAUGAUAUUUUUAUGCACCUCUGUCCUACCCUGAAUGAAUGAAUUGAUGGAGUGGGGGAGGGGAUGGGUGGUUGUGUUUUAUAAGCCAGAGCCUUCGUUAUCAACAUGAUUUAUUUCAUGACAGCUUACUUUCAGUAUUGAAGUAUGACCUUGACCUCCAAAUAACCUUGACUGUCAGAGGUCAAAUUUCCAAAAUUCGGAAACUUUCAUCUUGACUAAUUAUUUUGCAAGAUAUUUACGGCCUAAACAACUGCAACAUAGGCCAUAACGUCUUUAUUAUAUAAAUGAGAGACAUCAUUCUUAUACAUAAUAUACCUCUGGGGGAAGUUGUGAAUUAUGACCUUGACCUAUUAAUGUCCCUGACAUCCAGGUCAAGUUUUCAAAAAUCAGGAAAAUUACAGUUUUAGAUAAUGGAUGGGGACCAUUUCUUUUAACACAUGUGAAUUUGUUUCUGCAGAACUGAACCAAAUGGUUCUAUUCAUUCAACCUUCAGCUGUUAAUUUGUUUAAAGUGUACUGUUAAUUUAGUGAUAUAUAUUUAAAUGUAAUGACUCUAAUAUGUUUUCAUUGGAUUUGUUCAAGUGAAUAUGUUGUAAUUGGAUUUGUUCUAGUGCUGAUUUUUUGUGGUUUGAAAGUUUUGCCAUUGAACAAUAGUGCUUGUCGGGGGGAUUUAGGAUCAGGGUUGUGGCUAGUUAUAAUGACCUGUUUUGAUUGAAAUAUGAUGUUUAACUCUUACCUCCCUACAGAUCUGAAAUGGACUUAUCAGUGUUGUAAUCUGGACAAAACCAUUCAUGAUUUUUGGGGAAAAUUCCAAAAAUUAGGAAUAACUGAAUAGUAAAACAACAAAAACCAUGGUCUUAUGGCACAGAUAUGCCAGAUGAUCUUGGUCUGUACAAAUUAAAUGAUCUUGGUCUGUACAAAUUAAAUGAUCUUGGUCUGUACAAAUUAAAUGAUCUUGGUCUGCACAAAUUAAAUGAUCUUGGUCUGUACUGAUUGCAUGGGUAAAAUUUGUUGAGACUGAUGUGUUAAGAGGUAACAGAUCAUCUGGGCUUGUGAUUUAGUACUAAGAUAUUUUAAUCAUUUCAUUGUAUUGAUUGUUUAUUUGUUUUAAAUGCUUUUUUGUAUGUUACCCAUAAGGAUUAUUGAGUUUGAAAAAUGAAACAGUUAUGCUAUUAUUGUAAUUCUAUAACUUGUUUUGUUGUAGUUUAAAUUUAUCAGGGUUAGCCAUGAUAUUACUAAUGAGUAUUUAUAACUUUUUAUGUUUGUGAAACUUUAUAUAUUUGAUGCUAUUAAUACACAACAGGUAAAAUUUAAACACUGUUUGCAGAAAUUCCAUGACAAACUGAAAGUGACAGAAAAUUUGGUAAAUCAUAUUUACUGGAAAAUACACUUUUAUGGAAAGUUAAGAGAUGCAAUUUGGAUUAAAAAGAAAAAAUAAUGUUUAAGUAUUUUUAGCUCGACUAUUCGAAGAAUAUGAGAGCUAUUGUAGUCGCCCCGGCGUCGGCGUCGGCGUCAGCGUCCGCUUCGGCGUCUGCGUUGGUUAAAGUUUUUUGUAUAGUCAAAUAUCUCAAUUAUUACUUGAGAUAUUCAAUUGAAACUUACAAUACUUAUUUAUAGUAACAAGGUACAUCAGAUUGACAAGUUGGAUUACUCUGCCUACAAUAUUGACAGAAUUAUGCCCCUUUUUAACUUAGAAAUUUUGGUUAAAGUUUUUUGUAAAGUCAAAUAUCUCAAUUAUUGCUUGAGAUAUUCAAUUGAAACUUACAAUACUUAUUUAUAGUAACAAGGUACAUCAGAUUGACAAGUUGGAUAACUCUGCCUACAAUAUUGACAGAAUUGUGCCCCUUUUUAACUUAGAAAUUUUGGUUAAAGUUUUUUUGUAAAGUCAAAUAUCUUGAUUAUUGCUUGAGAUAUUCAAUUAACACUUACAAUACUUAUUUAUAGUAACAAGGUACAUCAAAUUGACAAGUUGGAUAACUCUGCCUACAAUAUUGACAGAAUUAUGCCCCUUUGGAACUUAGAAAUUUUGGUUUAAGUUUUUUUGUAAAGUCAAAUAUCUCAAUUAUUGCUUGAGAUAUUCAUUUGAAAUUUAAAAUACUUAUUUAUAGUAACAAUUAAUGUACAUCAGUUUGCAAAAUUGCAUAACUCUGUCUGCAAUAUUUGCAGAAUUAUUUGCCCCUUUUUAACUUAGAAAUUUUGGUUAAAGGUCUUUAAAGAUAUUUACUUGAAACUUUACACAUGCACUUAGGGUCAUAAUUGGAGGGUCAUAAUUGUAUGUCACUGACCAAGUUCCAUAACUCUAUCUUGCAUUAAGGUUAGUGAUUCAUAUCCCCUUUUCUACUUAGUCUCUUGGUUAAUGUUUACAUGCAAGUUUUACAUAUCUCAAUAACUAUUAAAGAUAUUUAUUUAAAACUUCACAUAUGCAUUUAGGGUCAUAAUUGUAGGUCACUGACAAAGAUCCAUAAUUCUAUCUUGCAUUUAGGCUGAUUUUUCUCCCCUUUUUCAACUUAGAAAUUCAUGGUAAAGUUUUGCUUGUAAGCUGUUAUCUCAAUAUUUACUGAAGGGUUUGUGCCUUUUUUGGGACAAUUUUAUGCAUUCAUAAUAAUAAAGCAGUGAUUUUCUUGAUAAAACAUCUUAAUAACAAGCCUUUGUACCUUUUCUGUCAAAUUUAUGUAUUCAUAGGUUACAUUAGUAUUAUUAUACUCAAUUAAAAACCCUUGUGACAUUACCUUCCGAAUAGUCAAGCCAAUUCUGUAUAAUUAGACUCUCUCUAAGGCCUAUAACAUGAAUUUAUAAAAAGAAAAUUAGCCCUUUUGUGAACUUAAAAAAUUUAACAUUAUCAAGGAUCUUUUACUAUCAAGCACUUAGAAUAGUCGAGCAUGCUGUCCUACCGACAGCUCUUGUUUUGUUUUCCUGUGUUAGAUAUGUUGAAGAAAAUUGUGCAGGUGGUUUGGAUGUUACAAGUAUUUUUGGGAGGAAUGAAUCUAUAAAUUUAGGCUAGAGUAGUAGUAACAUGACCAACAUAAUUAUACUUUAAAUCAGAUUUAGUAAAAAGUCUUUUUGUGUGCCAUAAAAAAAUAUACAUAGAUCUUACAGAUUCCUUGAUCUAACAUUUUAAGGGAAUAAAAGGUAAAUGUAUAGUGACCUGCCAGUCACUUAUAUUUGAUUUAUCUUGAGGACAUGCCUGAUUUUUACAAUAUUUAUCUCCCUUGACAAUAGUGGCAGCCAUUUUGGGGAGGGGGUCAAUAUUUUAUAUAAUGUACAUGUAAAUGACAAAAUAUGAAAACAUCAAUAUAAAACCUGAGUUAGGUGAAUUGUCAAAUUCUUUUAUACAUAUGAAGGAAAAUAUUAUUAUAGCAACAAUAUGUUUAAAGGUUUUUAUCAGUUUUCAUGAAGAUGAUAGAAUUUUCAGAGAUUUUUAUCUUAUCUUAGGGGGAAAUAUAAAUCAAUAUUGCAGCCAGGGAGGUAAUAAUUGUAAUAUGAAAAGCACAUCUAUACUGGUGGCAAAGGCUUUUCUCUUUCAGUUUCAGCAUAGUUCGUGUUAACGGUUUUGUUUCAUAUUAGCACUAAGAAAAAUGAUAAUGAUUUGCCAAGGCCCUCAGUAUAAAGCCAGGUGACUGUGAGAUUUAUCUGAUAUCCCUUUGAUAACAAAAUGGAUAUCAUCACAGUAAGAAAUGAAAUAUAAAGGGAAGAGUGCUAUUUUUACUACAACGAAGUUGUCAUUUAGUCUUUUAUUAGUUAUUUAAAUAGAAAAUUAUUAUAAUUCCUUGUAAAAAGAGGUGAAAGUAAGAAUAUUUAAGGAUAGGCCAUUAUUUCAACACAUUAUAUAUUCUAGUCCGAGUUAGUUAGCCAUUCUGUUAGUAGUUUUAGUAAAAAUAUCGGGUUUUAAAGUUGUAUGUUUUAUAUUUUAGUGUUGCAUACAUCAUAUAUCAUUUUAAACAAGAAAUAUUUAGCUUUUUCUGUCUCAUUUUGUUUAAUAAAUUAAUUAUAUAAACAGUUAAUUCUAUGUACAGUUGGAGCAUUUGUGUAUACAUUUAAAAAAAUAUAAUUUUUAAAAAUUUUGAAUGUGAUUUUUUUUUUAAUUUUUUGGAUCAGUUUUCCAAAAGGUGUUUAAUGGUAAAUUUUCAAGUCAAAUUUAUAGAAUAUAGUUACUUAAUCUGUUAAAAUUGUCUCCUAGCUUGGCAUUUUAUUCUCUGUCUAUGUUUUUAAACCAAGUCUUGUAAUUGUCAUUUGAAUUUUAUUGGCGUUAUUGUAUUGUUUAUAAGCUGAUAGAAAUUGUAUUCUUAUCAGAUAUGUCAUGUAGUUCAGAACGGUUGUAAAUAUCAUUGUAAAACUUUGUUUGAAAGACCACUCCUAUUUAAAUACCACAUACUGGAAAAUAAUUUUUAUUGAAAUGUAAUAAUUAUUUUAUUUCUAAUUUUGAAUUUGAGAUAAUUAUACAUUAUAUGUAAUUGCAUCCAUUCAAGACUGAAGUUCAUAUUUUCAAACACAAUAAUGUACCUGAUGCUGAUGUUCAGCUUGGGUGAGUGUUACUCUAAAUCAACAGAAGCUAAAAAACUCUAAGGCAUGCCGCUGACAGGGUUUGAACCCACACGGCCAGCAGCCCUUGCUAGUCAGAACACUUUUACUAAUACUGACUUAUAAUACCUGAUUACAAAACAAAACAAAAAACAAAAAUUAAAAAAUCUUUGUUUUUAAGUAGUUGAAAAACUGGUCUUGGAAUAAUUAGUUUGAGAAAUCUUGUUGUCACCUUAGUUCAGUAAUGGAGUAAGUGCUACUUACUUUGAUAGGAGAUAACCUGUAACAUUAAGGUGACAUUAUGAACAAAAAUAAGAGAUUAAAAUAUACAUAUAUUUCAUAGAAAAAGUCAGGUUUAGCAUUAGUUUGCACUUAUGAAGCCUGCACUGGCUUCAUGAAUUGAUUCAGUCGCAGAUUAAGGGUUAUCAUUCACCCUAGAAUAAUGUAGGUUUGAAUCCUUAAAAAAUGACAUUGGCAGGAAUAUAGAUAAAAAAAACUAUUGAAAAUGUAUUUUUUUUUUCAAUUCAAAGUCACAGUAAAUUUAUCAUCUGACCUUAAAAGUUGACUUUAAACAGUACAGGGCUAAAAUAUAACAUUAUUUUUUAAUAUGAACUUUAUUAUUGUUUUAAUUCUUAAUUUCAAUGCAAAAUAGAAACUGUUGAUUUUCUUUAUAUAUAUGAAUUUUGCUUUCUUCACAUGCCGUCACCUAAGUGCAAUAACGGGUUAACUUCUAUUAAAUCAUAUAAGGAGUUAACACAUUACUGCACUAAGGUGAUGAUGUAUUAUAAGAGAUGUUAUUAAAUAUUGCAUCAUUGUGUUUUGUCUUGUUGAUUAAGUUAUUGUUAAGAAUCUCUUUUUUGAAAUUUUAAAACUUUGUUUAUACAUUGACUGUAUUAGAAAUGUUUUAUGUACAAUGUAAUGCUUAUUUAUAGCACAAUGUUUACCAAUUACACAGAAAUUUACUUAUUGAUUAUUUAAAUACAGUUUUUUUGCCCACAAAAUAAUCGGUUAUUUCAUUUUCGUGGAUAAUUCAUGAUUAUUUUUACCCUUGGUAUGUAUGCCAACAAAAGAAGGGAAAAAAAAGGAAAAGGAAAAAAAAAUUGUCAAUGAUUGAUUGCUUUAAUGAGAUAUAUAUGUUUUGUUUUAAAAAUUCAGCAUUGCAGUGUUUAUUUAUGUUUGUGCAGGGAAAUUUAUAUUUUCUUUUAUACUAGGUAGAAUAGAGAAAUCAAAGUUAACAUUUACAAGAAAUUCUGAAAAAUCUUGAGGGUCAUUUUUUUUUUAAUUUACAAAAAAUUUUCAUCACUCAAACUAGUUUUGAUAUUUCAGACUUAAGAUGAUAUUCAUUGUGGACAAUCUACAGUAACACAUUAAGCGUACCAGUGUAUGGCUUAAAUUGUGAAACUCAAAAGCAAGAAUUUUUAAUUCAUAAUUUGUUCCUAAAAUUUUCGUUAGGAUAAAAAAAGUUUAAAUUUUGUAAAAUUAAUUAAGCUUUCAAUGUUGUUUAAUGCUGGAAUACAUUAUUCUUCUACAGUUUAUGUAAUGUAACCUAUACACAGUAUUUAUUGUUUUAAAUAUUUUUUCUUUUCUUUAUUAUUUGCGUGUAUAACAUAAAUGGUAAAGAUAAUGAUAUACAAUGUAAAGUUAUAUAUAAGGAAAGAAUAUAUAGCCAAUCAGAGAUGAUAAGAUAAAAUAUUUACAAUUUAUUUAAUUGAUUCAUGAUGAAUAAAAGUUAUUCAUAUAUAUAAAAUA